CUCCGAGGGCCAUUCAUAUAGACAAAAGGCUGAGCUGGGCAAGGUAUACCAGUCCUUGCCAAACUUGUAAUACACCCAGUUAUAUGGAGAAAGGUAUCCCAGAGCCUAGGAAUGAAUACAUGUCCAAAACUCAAAAAGAAACCAGGAAAUCUGAAUCGUAUUCACAUGGACAGCUUGCUCUAACAGAGCAAAAGGAGGCUAAAGAGAGAACUAGUGAAAAAGAGCUAUGCAAUAUGAAGAAGAAAAAAAUUUCAAAAGUAGAAAAACACACCCAACCAAAAAGUUAUAAAUGCUAUAAAAUCGGGCAAAGGUCUAAAGGCAGACAACACAUUGAGAAACAGUUUCCAUGUACAGAUUGCGGCAAAACAUUUACUCGUAGGUCAUCUUUAAUUACACACCACCGAAUCCACACGGGAGAGAAACCAUAUGUUUGCAUUGAGUGUGGGAAAGGAUUCACUGACAGCUCAAAUCUUGUCAAACACCAGCGAACACACACAGGAGAGAGACCAUACGCAUGCACAGACUGUGGUAAAACCUUCACUGAUAGCUCAAACCUUAUUGCCCACCAGAGAGCACACACAGGGGAGCGACCGUAUGUAUGCAGUGACUGUGAAAAGAGCUUUACACUUGUUUCAAACCUUGUUACUCACCAGAGGGCUCACACUGGGGAGAAACCGUAUGAAUGCACAGAGUGUGGAAAGCGAUUUUCUCGCAGCUCACAUCUAAUCACACACCAGAGGGCCCACAGAGGCGAGAGGCCAUAUUCUUGUUCGGAGUGUGGGAGAAGAUUUACACAAAUUUCUAAUCUUAUUGCCCACCAGAGAGCCCACACAGGGCUACGGCCAUACUCGUGCAUGGACUGUGGCAAAAGUUAUACACAGCGAUCCAACCUCAUUGAGCAUCAGAGGACCCAUACUGGGGAGAGGCCUUAUAUCUGCACCGAGUGUGGGAAAAGCUUCAGCCAGAAUUCAAGUCUUAUUAAACACCGAAAAGUACACAUGAAAAAUGAGAUGAACGAAGAUCUUGAAGAUUCCACCGAAAAAAUCAUCAUUGACUGGAGUCCAUAAAGUAGUAAUGGCCAAGCCGUGAACUGACCAGCUUAUAUUUUAUUGGACAAAACUUUAAUACAAGAGAAUACUAUUUCAGUUUCAUUAUUUUGAAGUGAUUUCUACCUUGUAAAACUAGAAACUCCCCAUGAAUGGGGGGAUAAAAACAUACUUAUAUUUCUACAUGUUUCUGUAAAGAACCUAAUGUGGAUAAUAUUGCACAGAUUGUUGGCUUACAUGAAAUGUAUGCUAUCACUAUAUAUCAGUAGGCUGACAGAACUUUUAAUGUUCUGUAUCUGAACCAUUCACAAAUAAUAUUAAUUGUCUAUUCUUUUGUCCUUCUGUAUUUUAAAUAAAGA